UUAUCUCAAUUUACACUUCACUCGAGUGAAAGUCGGACACCAGAUAACGAUGUGUUCAAACACUUGGCGUCAGUGUAUUCGUUGAAUCACUUGACUAUGCAUUUGGGCCAUCCCUGUCCCGAUGGCAGUAACACUGGUUUUGUCAACGGAACCACUAAUGGCGCGCAAUGGUAUCCAUUGACUGGCGGAAUGCAAGACUAUAACUACAUCCGCGCGUCGUGUCUGGAGAUUACGUUAGAGCUCUCGUGUUGCAAAUACCCGCCGCGACAAGACUUGGGCCGAUACUGGCGCGAGAAUAAGCGGUCGCUGUUGUUAUACUUGGGUGAAGUGCAUCGGGGAGUCAAAGGCAUGAUCACUGACGUGAACGGCAACGCCAUCACCACCGCUACGCUUAAGAUUAAAGAGCGAGACAUUGCCUUCAAGUCCUCAAAACGGGGCGAAUUUUGGCGCAUAUUAUUGCCCGGAGUCUACACUCUGGUCAUUACGGCCGACGGGUAUAACAGUCUCGAACAGCAGUUCACUGUAGAGGAGGGCCGCAUAACUAUCCUCAACGUUCAGUUGACACCCAUUGGACUCGUAGUAAGUAAUCACUCGGUGUCAGUAAACGCCACGCACAGCACUAAACCCACUAACAAUCGGCAAACAAAUGCACCCAAUAUUACCACUAAAAGCAUCGGAUUAACUGGUGAUAAACACAUUUACGUGACGAUACCCUCUGUCACUGACGGCCAGGAAAAGUUUGCAAACUUGUUAGAGUCCAAGCAAUGGAUGUAUAACAAUGCCGUUGAUAAUUGUGUGAAUGCACUGCUCAUUUGUCACCAGUCAAUCCGCGGCGGCGGUACUUUACGGCCACCCUCUCUGCUCAGUAGUCUCAACAACAAUAACAAUGCACUCUUGAUCUCAUCGCCGGCCAUCUCCUCCUCAUCGCAACCAUCGAAACUGCAAUUCUCCUCAAGUGUUUCCCCGCCGGCCAUCGGUUUUAGUAGUCUUCUGCGGCCCAAUCACACCAUAACUCUCGCCUCAGACCCAUUAGCGCCGCACCAAUACUCGUGGCCCACGUGGCCGUCCCGUCGCGGUCAGGCCAACGCACAGGCCGUCACAUCUGAUCUAACCAACACUGCGCCCAUUAGUAACUUAUUUAGUAGUCUUUCCAAUAGGAUUAACAGUUGGACCACAAAUUGGGGA